AUGAGUGCUGCACACGGCUUCAGCAUCCAUCAGCUGAUGGAGCUUGCGGGACUCAGUCGUGUAUUGGUGGUUGCAGGCCCUGGUAACAACGGAGGUGACGCGUUGGUAGCAGCGCGUCAUUUGGUGCAUUUCGGCUACACGCUGAGUAUCUUAUACCCGAAGCGCAGUGCGAAACCUCUUUUCCAGGGUCUGGUGACGCAGUGUGAACAGUUAAAGAUCCCAUUCAUUGAGCAGAUUCAGGACGCCUCGGCUGUAGAUGCCGCGUACGACUUAAUCCUGGACGGCAUCUUUGGAUUCAGCUUCUGUGGGAGCAUUCGCCCCCCAUUUGAUCACGUCGUUGGAACUCUCCAAAAGUGCCAGACUCCGAUCGUCUCCAUUGACAUUCCGUCGGGGUGGCACGUUGAGAAGGGGAACGAAAAUGGAGUCGGCUUGGAGCCACAGAUGCUGAUCUCGCUGACAGCACCGAAACUCUGCGCGAAGUUUUUUACUGGCCCUGAAAAGGUUCACUAUGUCGGAGGUCGAUUCGUGCCCGAGUAA